CAGUAAGAGGAGCUACCAAUCUCAAUCGAUCUUCUUCUCUAUUCGAUAGCGACUGGAGCAAGCUUGUCUGGAUUCAGUUUCUUUUAAUCAGUGCAAUAGUCAACUUGCUACCUGAAGCAGCUAUGGUUAUCACCAAUUUUGACGGAGUUGGGGUUGGAUUCGGACUUGGCGUCGGCUGUGGUUUUGGAAUAGGUUGGGGAUUUGGAGGCAUGCCUUUAAGUUUCUUGGGCCUUGGAGCAGGUGGAGGCUGUGGAGUUGGACUUGGGCUAGGUUGGGGAUUUGGUGCAGCUUAUGGGAGCCAAUACAGAUCCACCAAUGUUACAUUUCAAGGUGUGGAUUGGAGUAUGCCUAACAAAGAGACCUUAGAAACAGCCAAAGACUCUCAAAAGGUUCAUCCUACUCAUAAUUAAUUUGGGUGCAUAGGGAAAUGUAUCUUAGACUGUAGAGUAUGUGGUGAGUGGUAUCUUCUUUUGACAAACAAGCAAACUACAUCCCUUUCUUUAUGUUUGACAACCGAUUUGCAAUCUUAAGGUUUAUUAUUAUUAUUA